GUAGCUCGGCAGGGGAAGUGGCGUUUGAAGGCGGGAGCGGUUUGUUGACAACAUGGAGGUCUGAAGGAGGAAACGCUUCAUCUUUAACAGUAUUAUAAAGUCUAACAGCAGCCGUCGGUGGCCCGGCUCUGGACUGUGGAGGACAUGGACCCCCUGCAGCUGCUCCUGGACCAGUUCCGACCCAGCGGGGAAGCCGAGUCCACCUGGUUGAAGGAGGUUUUCAGUUUCAUCACACAACACGUCGACCCUGUGCUCUCUGGCCCCGCCCCUCCUGCUGCUGACGACUCACUGACAGGUGGAGGCCUGAGCGUGUGCGCGGUGAGGAAGAUACAGGAGAACAUGUGUGUCGCGCACAGCUUACCGGUCAGCUACAGGCCGGUGUCUGUCUCCGAGCUGCUCUCCCGACAGCACCUGGCCUGCGUCAGCAACCUGUCCUGGACCACCAAUCAGCAGCGAGCGUGGGUGAGGGAGGCGGAGCUUUCUCUGCCGGGUCACCGAGCUCUGCCGCGGGUCAACCUGCUGCUGAUUGGCUGUCUGAGAGAGGGGCGGGACGGCGAGUGGAGGCUGACAGACGCCAGCGGCAGCGUCAGGUGUGAGUGCCUGUCUCCGUCUCCUGUGUGGCUGAAUCGUCCCGUCUUCCUCCCUCACUGGAACUACAUCCCCCACAAUGCCCCGGGGCAGGACCAGGAUGAGGCCGGAGGCCACGUGGAGCUGAUUGGUUCUCCUGUUGUGCUGCGUCCCGGUCCUGAGCAGGGAUUGGCCGCUGGUCCCGGCGGAGGGGCGGAGCUUGGCGGAGCAGUCGGCGUCAGAGAGGCAGCUGGUUUACUCCUCGGCAGGACUCGUGGACAGCGUGUAGCGGUCUGGGGACAGGUGGGUUCAGUCUGCCCUGUGCUGGUCGUGUCAGGAACAACGUUCUUCUGCUUCUCGCUGAGUGACGGCUCCCACAGUCUACCUGUCCUCGUCAAGGACAGCAGCAGGCUGUGGUGGACUCGGUGUGUGUGUGUUGGUCAGAGUGUGUGCGUGACGGCGCUGCGUGUGUGUAUCCUACGAGGCUGGAGAGGAAACAACAUCCUGUGUGUGACCGACCAGUCUGAAAUACACACGAACUACACGCACGCCGACUCGCAGCCGGACACGCCCCCACCGCUGAUGACCUCACACGAUGAGGAUGACAGAUGCGAGGAGGCGGAGCCUGAGCGUGACGUCCAAUCAGCGGUCAGGAUGAAACACUCCAGAGUCAUCAGUUACCAGGGCACGGUAACUGAGGUGGUGAGUGAGGGGGCGGGGCUGUAUGUGAUUGACAGGAAGGUGGGUCUGUGCCUGGCCUAUCAGCCGACUCUGAGGAGGAAACUGAGGGCAGGAGACUGUGUGGAGCUCCACCACGUCCACUUCCUGUACCGGCCCUGUCCCGACUUUCCUCCCAGCAUGCUCUGCGCCUGUCUGCGCUCCAGCCUCAGGGUCACCGCCUUCAGCCGGGCGGGGGGGUCGGCGCCCGACUCCGGCUGCCCCGGCGACGGAGCGUUACCACGGUUACUGCUGGAGAGAAACACGGGAGUGUCGGAGUACCUGUGGGCGUGUCGCCUGAGCUCCCAGCUGUCCCACAGUCUGGUUCCCAGUGUGUUGAAGCAGCAGUGUGUCUGUGUGUUGUCCUGGAAGCUGAUGGAAACUGUGUGGGGACGAGGAAGAGUAGGAAGAGGAAGGAGGGACAUCUACUCAGAGAUGUUGGACGAGCCUCACACCUGUCCUCUCACACAGUACCGCGUGGACCCUGCAGUCCAUCAGUACGUCAGUGUCUCAGAGCUCUGUCAGUCUCUACAGUCAGAGUGCUGGUCUUCAGUCUCUCUGAGGUCUCUGUUGCCUCCUGAUGGAUCCAAUCUGACCAGAUCUCAGAUCAACACAGCACUGGCCUGGUCCUGCAGGACUCUGUCCUCUGAUCCUCAGACUGGAGACAGCCUCAGGCAGCGCCCUCUCCUGGUGGUCGGGGUGUUGGAGCUUCCGUCACAGACGUCCGAACAAACCCUGCAGCUGAGAGACGGCACCGGGGCCGUGGCCUGUGUCGUCACGGAAACCAGCGAGGAAGAGGAGGGAGGUCAGAGGGCGGCCUUCAACACCGCCUGGAUAGGUUGUCUGGUGUACGUCCAGCAGUUCACCAUGGUAACAGAGAGAUUCAUCCAAUCAGACUUCCCCUCCUACCAACACCUGGACCAGGACAAGUUCAUCACACACAAACACUGCAGAGUUUACCUGCAGUUUUCUGCAGACCACCUCCACAUCCUGAGUCCGUCUGUUGCCAUGGUUACACACCUGAGACAGACGGGGGAGGAGUCAGGAGCUGAUGUCACAGGGGGGAAACAGACAGAUGAAGAAGAAGAGGAGGAGGGAGGUCCGGCUGCAGGGAGGAAGAGAAGAAGGAAAGAAGAAGAAACAGGCUCCUCCCUCUCUGCCUCCUCUGCUACCGUGACGACCGGUGGCUCCCGGCCCUGCGUCUCCAUGGUGAUCAGGGUGGAGCAGAAGGAGGGCGUGGCCUGGAGAAACACGGGGGCGGAGUUAAAGGGUAAGGAGGAGGCGGGGCUUACACCAUGCUUCUCUCUCAGAGCUGCUGUGAUUGGUCCAGUGGUCAACUGGGGGCGGGACCCAAAGAACGGACCAAUGACAGACCGGGAGACAGAGACAGGGAAGGAGGACAAGGUGGUCCUGGUGUUCUCAGGUGCGUCCGCUCGCUGGUUCCCCCUCCUCCAGCCCGGAUGUUUCUACAGACUCGUCGCUGCCAACACACAGGAUCCUAGUGUUUCGAUUGGCUGUGGGGUUUCUGGGCGGAGCGGGGUAGAGCUCCACACUAACUCCACCCUCCGGGUCCGAUCUGAUUGGAGGUUCCACACUCUGACACGCCCACUGCUGCUGCACACCUACAGACAGGCUCUCUCGCCCACAGUCCUGUCUGUCUCUGGUGUGUUGGACUGCAGGUCAGAGCUGGUGUGUUUCCAGGCUCUGGUCUCGGACAGGAUCGGUCUGAACGACAGCACGAGUGACUCUGGAGACAAACACACAGGUGGAGUCCACUCUGAGUCUGUCUGUGUGCAGGUGUGCGUCUCACAGUGUGCGACCAGACUGGCAGGAGUCUCCUGGUGUACCUGGACUUAAGCCACACCCCCUACCCUCCUGGCCUGUUGCCUGGCAACACAUUGCUGCUGUCUGCUUUCCAGAGGAGAGUGUCCAGGACAGGAAGUGUGUACUGCAGUUAUUUACCCGUCAGCUCGGUGACCGUCGUCUGUCUGGGAGAUACGAG